AUGACCAGCCCUAGUUCUUUAGAGAACACCAUAAAGCCCACCUUGUCGUCAAGUUUGGAACCAUCGCUCAACAAGGAGAUCGAAGGCACUAUUAUAAAAGAAACAAAAAUAACUUGUGAUCACCUGACUCCAGACAUACCUCUGUAUUUGAUAACUCAGGAAUGCCGCCUUUUCCAUAAACCCCAAAUAAUCGAAAAUGAUAAAGUAUUUAAAAACGAUCCGUUUUGGGCGUUUUAUUGGCCUGGUGGACAGGCUUUGAGCAAAUACGUUCUCGAGAACGCCGAUUUGGUUAGAGGAAAAUCAGUACUGGAUGUUGGGAGCGGCUGUGGGGCAACUUCUAUUGCGGCCAUUCGAAAAGAGGCCAAAUACUGCGUGGCCAAUGAUAUUGAUGAAGUUGCUGGUAUUGCCGCCCUCUUUAAUGCCAAAUUGAAUAAAAUUGACGUGGAAAAACUUCAAAUAUCAGUACAAAAUUUAAUUGGCACGAACGUAUCCGAAGAUAUUAUCUUCAUUGGAGAUCUUUUUUAUGAUGAAGAAAUCGCCGAAAUUCUUUUACCCUGGCUACACCAGCUGAGCUCGGAGGACAAGGUCAUUUUGAUUGGAGAUCCUGGCCGGCAUGGUAUUACUGAGAAUCGUUUGAAAUUUAUGAGAAAACUUGCCACAUACGAGUUGACUGAAAAUUGUUGCAUAGAGAACAAAGGCUUUAGUAGUGUUAAUGUUUGGAGAUUUCAAUAA